AUGGUGGAUUUAUCAGACUAUCAGCGUCUUGAGAAGAUUGGUGAAGGUACUUAUGGUGUAGUUUACAAAGCUCUUGACACUAGACACGACAACAGAAUCGUGGCUUUGAAAAAGAUCAGAUUAGAAUCUGAAGAUGAAGGUGUGCCUUCCACCGCCAUUAGAGAAAUCUCCCUUUUGAAAGAGUUGAAGGAUGAAAAUAUUGUUAGAUUAUAUGACAUUGUUCAUUCUGAUUCCCACAAAUUAUAUUUGGUGUUUGAAUAUUUGGACCUUGAUUUGAAGAAAUAUAUGGAAUCCAUUCCACCUGAUGUUGGUUUGGGCGCUGAGAUGGUCAAGAAAUUCAUGAUGCAAUUGAUUAAAGGGAUUGCCCAUUGUCAUGGUCAUAGAAUCUUGCACCGUGAUUUGAAACCCCAGAAUUUGUUGAUUGACAAAGAAGGUAACUUGAAAUUGGCCGAUUUUGGUUUGGCUAGAGCGUUCGGUGUCCCACUUAGAGCUUACACCCAUGAAAUUGUCACGUUAUGGUACAGAUGUCCAGAAGUUUUACUUGGUGGUAAACAAUACUCCACUGGUGUUGAUAUGUGGUCUGCCGGUGCUAUCUUUGCGGAGUUGGUCAACAGAAAGCCUUUAUUCCCUGGUGAUUCUGAAAUUGAUGAAAUUUUCAGAAUUUUUAGAAUUUUGGGGACACCUAAUGAGGAGAUUUGGCCUGAUGUUAAAUACUUGCCAGACUUUAAACCAACUUUUCCACAAUGGUCUAAGCAAGACAUGAAUAAAGUGGUUCCUGAUUUGGAAGGUGAAGGGAUUGAUUUAUUGGAGAGCUUAUUGAUAUAUGAUCCUGCCAGCAGAAUCAGUGCCAAGAGAGCCCUUUUACACCCAUAUUUCAUGGAAAAGUCUGAUGAUGAAGCUGUUGAUGAUGCUGGUGUUGAAGAUUCUGGUGUUGAUGAUGAUACAAGCAUUCAAAUGAAUAAGUCAAUCCCUUUGGGCGCAAGUGCUUAUCAGUGA